GUAAUGAAAGAUCUGAUGAGCGUGGUUCAUAUGAGGGCUGCUGCUGGCUCCGCGAGGACAAUAAGGAGCGAGCGCCGGGCAAAUGAGGGAGACAUUAGCGCCGCUUUGAACCGACCUAAGCCUCCUCUGUCGCCGUGGACUGGAGCCAUCGGGGCGGACGAGCAGCGGUGUGCGCGCAGCAGCAGAAGCAGCAGCGAGGCGGACACUGAAGCGAAAAGCAACCCGAUGAUAUUGUAGAUUUACGAAAGAAACAUGGUGGAUUUCUGAGAACCGACGUGGCAACACUUGGACAGUUGCAUUUUUAACUUUUAAUUCAGUGGAAAUAUAAAAGCAAGCCUUAAAAAAGCCGUAAACAGCCUGCAGAGCGCGCAGCAGCAGGAUGAGCGUGUUUUGUGCGCGGAGAGCAGAGCAGUGCAUUUGAGUGGGACAUGGCAAACGGAGGGGACCAGUUCGGCCUUGCAGAGCGCCCGGACUCGGACUGCAUGGAUCCUCCAAAAGAGACCAAACAGGAGAAUCCGAGCCUGACCUUGAACUCACCAUCUUCACCGCAGACAACGUCCAGCCAGCAGGUAGCAGCCUGCACUGAGGCUCAUCAUGGGAUGGAGGGAAUCAAAGUUUUCCUUCAUGACAGGGAGCUCUGGACCAAGUUUGAUGAAGUGGGAACUGAAAUGAUCAUCACCAAGGCCGGGAGGAGGAUGUUCCCCAGCUACAAAGUGAAGGUCACUGGACUGAACCCAAAAACCAAGUACAUCCUGCUGAUGGACAUCGUGCCCGGAGACGACCAUCGCUACAAAUUUGCAGACAAUAAAUGGUCCAUAACGGGAAAGGCAGAGCCCGCGAUGCCCGGGAGGCUCUACGUUCACCCGGACUCUCCCGCCACCGGGGCGCACUGGAGCCGUCAGCUGGUCUCUUUUCAAAAGCUCAAACUCACCAACAACCACCUGGACCCGUUUGGACACAUAAUACUCAACUCCAUGCACAAAUACCAGCCUCGGCUCCACAUUGUCAAGGCGGACGAGAACAACGGCUUCGGCUCCAAAAACACGGCUUUCUGCACUCACGUCUUCUCUGAGACCGCCUUCAUCGCUGUGACGUCCUAUCAGAACCACAAGAUUACACAGCUGAAGAUAGAGAAUAAUCCUUUUGCGAAGGGCUUCAGAGGCAGCGAUGACAAUGAGCUGCACCGCAUGGCCAAGCUACAAGGUAAGGAUUACCCAGUGGUCCCUCGCAGCACUGUCCGUCAGAGGGCCUGCUCCUCUGGGAGUCCGUUCAGCGGGGAGAGUCGGGGUCUGCGAGGCUCCCCCGAGGCCGUUAGAUCCCCCUUCAGCUGUGAGAACGGCUUGACCCGAAGCAGUCCUGAGGAGCUGCUGAGCCCUGUGCCCUCACACUACAGCCUGCCUCACCCACACCUGCAGCCCGGACAGCAGCCGCAGGUUUAUCACUGCACCAAGAGGAAAGUAGUGGAGGAGAACUGCUCUUCAGGAAACCAGCAUCCCUACAAGAAACCCUUCGCCGGUAGCUCCCCAAGUGAGGGCGAAUCCUACUACCACCCCUCCUCCUACCCGCCUCCACCAUCUGGUCUCUCUGCCAACCCCGUCCUGGGCCUCACCGACUCCCCCUACAGCUCAGACAUGGGACAGCGUCAGGCGUGCAUGUUUGCCGGCUCGGAGCCCAGAAUGGAUGAACUCAGCUGUACGUCCUGGUCUUACACCUGCCCUCUGCCUGCAGCCAUGACCCCCAUGGAGCCCUACCCGCCUUACACCCCUCACCCCCCCUACAGCUCCAGUCCGCAGGGCUCCCGACUCAGUGCCAUAGCCCACCAGAGCUCCCUGCCGCUGGGGGAACACAUCAGCCACGAUCCCUACCAGACCCACAGCCCCGGACCUCCAUCUCAGAGCUCCCAAAACAUUCACAACCGGCAGCUCAGCUCUCCGCUCAGAGAAUAUCCUCGCUACACGCCCAACCUGUCUCCUCCCCUCUACCACACACUAGAGACGCACACACACAUCCGCUGUGGAGUGCCUGAAUGGAGCGCAGCCUCCUAACUGAACCAGAGGACGACCCUGAAAGACUGAUUAGUGGACAGAGAUUCCUUUCUUCUCUUCUGAAAGAUGCUGCGCUGUGUAUGGACUAAAUAUGACAUAACUUUUGUAAAAUAAUUGUGAAAAGUGUGAUUUUGUGCCAUGUGAAGAGGUCUCAGCUGUUGUCAUGUUUCUCCCUUCUGCUGGAAGGAGCAGCAGAUUGUUAAGGACUAGUGAGGACCUGGACGUCUAUGACGUUCCAGAUGUUCAAGAAAAAAACAGUGUUGCUCCUUCUAUGCAGCACAAUGAACAUCAAAGUUGCAUUUUAUUGUCUUUGUGUAACUCAAAGACUGGCAUCAUUCAAAUGUUUGCACUGUGAGCCCUGUUAAGGCCAAACCACGAACAGCACUACAGGCUAUUAUCCUCUCAAUGACUCCCACUUUUUGCAUUGUGAAGGAUGUAAAUUGUGACCCAUUGUCAGACAGGCAGUAACAUUUACUGACCAAAAUAAUCUCAGCUCUCACAGCAGAGCCCGAGGGAGACGUUUUUUUUUUCUCUUCAGUGGAGCAAAGCACGGCUCUACGCUGACUCUCCAUGAAGGAGAAAAGGCAUGAGUUGUCUGCACGCACGUGCAUGUGUGUGUGUGUGUGUGUACAUGUAAAACCUAUGUCAGCUCAGCUCAAGGAUGCUAUGAGUUAAUUUCCAAUGAGACAGGCAGUAGUAGCUGCAGGCGCUGCACCAUAGAGAUAAACAGUUUGUUUAGACCAAGCUACAGGCUGAAGGACCUGUAAACACUCUUUCCACUGCAUUCUGGGUAAAUGCACAACUCAGCGUCACACAGCUGUCACUGCUGUCCUCUCAGUCACCCCCGCCUGACCAAUUGGCUUUCUCCGUUCACUGGGAGCUGACCAAUGACCGUGCGGCUCUCUUUUAUCUCUUUUAUCGGCCGACUGUGUUUUAUGCGUGCGUGUGUUGGCCCAUUUUCGUUUGUGCAUUAUUCAUGAGUCCAGUGUUGAUCCUUGACAUGUGAGGAUUGCUCAGCAAACACAAAGACACACAGUGCUGUAAACGUGCUAAUGUUGACGCACCAAAACAAAUUAGUCUCUUGAUUUUAAAUCUGAAAUGGUCCCUGUCAUAACCCUCCAUUACUCCAUUAACUGCAUCGGCCACAUUUGGUUCAGCACACUUCUUUGCAGAUUUGGGACACUUUAGUCCUUGUAGCUAACUGUAAAGAAACAUUUGUGGCUCUUUCUGUGCAAAAUAGAAGCAAGCUGAGAUUUGGAGUUACUUUUGUGUUAUGAUGCAGUUUUUACAUUUCUGUCCAGGUGUUUUGAAAUGCAGUAAUGUGUGAUAAGGUGCUCUAACAUUACAAACCAUCAGUUUGCAGAGAGGAGAUCCUCAUCAUUCCUUAUUAUGUAUUUGAUUUUGUGUGUGUGAAUGUGUGAGUGUGGCAGUGGGAUGUAAGGAUUGUUUUAUAGGUUGUUUUUAGCCUCUUUCCCGCUAAUAGUAUUUAUUACUCUAGAUUUGUAAAGAAUAGUUUGGUGUUGACUUGUGAAACAUGAUGGUAUUGUUCAGAGAUAUUUGUUUCUCUUUGAGGGUUUGUUUCCAGUUCCACGCUCCAUCUCCAAGUGGUGAUAAAUAGUCGUGAUUAAACAAGCAAACUUUUCUGUUCUAUGAAAACAAGUACAGAUUUAUAAACAAAAUAAAUUGAAUAAAUUUUAGAGAGAAAGCCAAUUGGUUGCAGUGUUCUUCUUUGUGAUUAGACAGCAGAGACUAACUAUUAACAUUCCCAGAGGGUUAUUUAAAGUACAUUCAGCACCUCUGGACUGGAAACUCUUUUAAGUGCAGUGCAUGUUAUCAGUUGCGCUGCAUGUAUGAAUAUAAAGGAGCUGAUAACAAGCGUAGCCACAUUCAGCAGUGUGAGAGGGAACUGUUUAAAGUGUAACAGUGUUUACUAUUACUGUCUUAUGAAGUAUAACCGUCCCCGGUGUCUCUAACUCUUCUCAGCGGUAAAACUUUCGGAGUGGUCUGGGCGCUGUGCAAACCUUGUCCACCUCUUCUUAUCUCUGACAGGUUGUUUGGCAUCUCCAGUCGACACCAGCUGGACCAACUCACCAGCAACCUGCUGCCCAGAGAGGGGAGGGGUUUGUCGGGUUGGAGGACAAAGAAAGGUGGGGGUGUUGCUGGUGGUCCCCGACUUCUUUUAGACUCAACACUGCCGUUUCGCCAUCGUUCCUCUUUUUUUGGCAUCUUGGGUUUCCGUGUUAACCUCUUACUCAUCAGAGUUUAUGACAGAUUGAAUUUCAAAAAACAGUAGUAAAAGGCUGUGAAAUCAGUAAAUUUUUAACGAGUGUAUUUACAUUUAAUUAUUUGGUUAUAUGCCUGUCAGAAGUUGUCAGACCUGCCUUUCUCUCAGUCUCCUUUUCUCUUUCUUCCUUUCUCUCUCUCUCUCUCUCUCAUACACUACAAGGUCAGAGGUUAAGCAGGCAGCUCUUCGGAGGGUCUGGUCCUCCUUAACCCUUUGUCUCCAGACAAACUUAGGCCAGGACCAGGAGGGGGGAGACGAAGGGGGAAACCGAAUGAGAUCUCGGGGGCCUCCAGCUCUAAAAAAGUGGGUUGCAUCGCUUCAUGCUUGUAUGUACAGUAACAGGGCUCUGCGAUGACCUCUGCAUGGCCCGGAAUGACUUGAGAGAGUAAAGCUUUGGGUAAUUUUAAACACUGUGGGUUGUGUAUGUGUGUGUAAAGGAUCCUAAUCCAUCAGGAGAGGACUUUCUCAGACACACUGGUCGGACAGUAGAUUGAUGAACCUGUGUGAUCAAAGAGCCUAAGUGGUGCUUAUCAUUAUCUUUCCAACGGCCCCCCACAACACACUCACACUCACACUCACACUCACACACACACACACACACACACACACACACACACACACACACACACACACACACACACACACACACACACACACACACACACACACCACUAACUCCUCUCCUCCUGCCCAGUUCAUCUAUUCAUUUUCUCAUCCUCAUCCACAUUUACUCAUCCAUGAUUUUUUCAAACAGACCCACACUAAUCUUUCCUGUCCUGUGCUCGCUUGCGACAGCCCAUGUUAAAGAAAAAAAGAUUGACAUUUUUAAAUGUCACUCAUUUGGCCUGCAGAGCUCCAAUUUUGCAUAGCGACUAAACUGGGAAAGUUGCUGAGAACAGCUCAUGUUUCUGCUGUCUUGUAUGUUAAAGCUACUCUCCAGCUGUGCAGAGUAAUUUCUCUUGUAAAAAAGCUUUUUUAAAAAAAAUAAAUAAAAAAAGACAUCAAAGACUUA